CAAACACAAACAACUCCAUGAACUCUACAGGAAAAGAAAGGCCACUUGGUGGCAAUAAGAAGUAUAAUCAAGAUAUUGCUCCUAUGGAUCCCCUCGAUGCUGAGAAGAUCGAGAGUAUCGUUAACGCCAAGUUAAACAAGGACCUAGAACAAUUGCUGAUGCCAAAAACGAUAUCAUCAAUUGUGCAGCAGCCUUUACAACAGCAGGAGACACAAGAACAUGUCUCAACUAUCGAUCCAGAUCUAUUGCCUGUCAAUUGGCCCAAACAUGUCAAAUAUCUACUUGACUAUGAAUAUCAUCUGUCAAUUCCUGUUUCUCUCCUUGAUAUUGUACAAGGACGUCGACGUCAACAAAAGGAGCUACAACAGAUAGAGGCACUUGGAAAAGACAGAAAAGAAAGAUAUGAAGAGGACAAGAAUAAGGAAAACGAGAGUGAUGAUAGUAAUAAAAAUAAGGAGGAGAAAGAGGGUGAUGAUGGACCAAGGAGUGAGCUCGAGUCAGACUAUGACGAUAUACCCAUCGGACAUGCCAUCCCUGGUUCUCUUCGAACUCUCUCCUCAGAUCCCCCACCUUACGAAAUCCGAUUCAUUGAUUCUCCUCCAGAUCAUCCAGUGCUUGGAUCAUAUGGUCUUUUUGCUACAAAACUCUUACGGCCAGGCCUUCAUCUGUUGGAUUAUAUCUCAUUAGUCGUCCCUGAUGGAUAUGCAGAUCCCAACUCGGACCAUACAUUGUACCUCUGUAAUGAUCUCAACCUUGAUGCCUCAGUCCAUGGUAACCAUGGACGGUUCGUCAAUGAUUUCAGGGGGAUCAGGACUCAAGAGCAAGGUCCCAACGUCUGUUGGGACCUCCAUAGAGAUGUGAUCACAGGACAGGUCCGAAUGGGCUGUAAAGUCCUUAAACGGAUUCAGCCAGGUGAAGAAAUCUUGUGCACCUAUGGAAAAGCCUAUUGGAAGAGUCGUGGAAUACUAGUCACGGGUAACGAGUGGGAAGAUGAAUGGGAUACUGAUCUUGAUGACCAGAGUGAUGAUGACGAUGAUGCGAAGUGAGUAAAUGUAGUAAAAUAGAGAGUAUUGCAUUGAUAGAGGACAUCCUAC